AUGCUGUUGGCCUGUUUUGGGGUUAAUAAGCUAUUCGGCCUUGGGUCUGUGCCUUUCCCGUCGUCGGUGGCGUGUCUCAUUAUCCUUUUUGCGGCCCUGCUGCUGUCCGAGCAGCUUCUCGGUGAGCACCGGACAAAGCGCAUCGUUGCUACCAUCGAGGUUCCGGGCGGCUGGGCACUGCGAUGGAUAAACGUCUUGUUUACGCCUUCUUUCGUUUUACUACCCCUGAGCCCGGCGAUAGGGGGGAUUGAGGUCCUCAAGAUAAUUGCAAUCUUUGUUAUCGGGUUCCUCGUGAUGAUGGCUCUCGCCGCCUAUAUGACCCGGGCCUUACAGCUUAUGCUCGGGUCUUCAAAGCGGGCUAUGACGGAGCGAGCAGAGGAGCUUAGCCCCGAUAGCGAAGAAAUACCUAUGACAACAACCCCAGUACACGGAGGUCAUUCAACCCCCCAGUCUGACGAGGUAGACUUACAACGUCCCCUUCCAUCACGGGACAACAUUCAGGGGCAUCAGGCAGACGACUCGCAGUCAAGCCGCACCCUCGUAGACAGCGACACCGACCGUCCCAGCCUACCGCCACAAGCCCCUAUACCUCCAUCUAGAUCAGAUCGCUGGGCUGCAAUCAUCACUACUAGACUGGAUCUUCUAAUAUGGAGCUCAAUUUUCCUAUUCGUAGGACUCCCCGUCUAUUAUGCCGCCGGGUACGCGAUGCCGAUGCACCUAAGCUUCAACAUCCUAGCGUACUUCCUAGCAAUGUCCCUACCAGAAAACUGGCGACGGUACCUCCACCCCGUGCUCGUAUCGUCUCUGCUCACGGUACUAGGCCUCUGGGUCCUUGGUCUUAUCAAAGGUGAUAGCCUCCCGUCCACGCUUGCAGCGUAUAAGACACAGAUCGGAUACACGGAGCUCUGGAGCGGCAUCCACGGGCUCCCGGGGGCUGGCAAUUUAUUCGCCAGCGUGCUAGACGCGAGUAUUAUUUCCUUUGCGCUGCCCGUAUAUCGAUAUCGGCGUGAGCUGAAGCAGCACUUCGCCUCGAUCAUUAUUCCCAACGUUGCCAUCUCCAUCGGCUCGCUGUUCGCGUACCCGUAUAUCUGCUACGCCGUUGGCAUCAGCGCUCGGCGGAGUCUUGCUUUUGCGGCCCGCAGUCUCACGCUGGCGCUUGCUGUGCCGGCGACGGCUAACUUGGGAGGUGACUUGAAUACCGUAGCGGCAUUGGCUAUUAUGAGUGGGAUCGUUGGAGUGCUGGUUGGUGAGCGUAUGUUGGCAUUGCUUAAGAUACCUCAAGACGACUACGUUACCCGCGGUGUGACGAUGGGCGCCAAUUCGUCUGCCAUUGCAGCAGCGCUGCUCCUACGCACCGACCCUCGAGCUGCCGCGCUGUCAAUUCUUGCCAUGAGCCUAUUUGGCACCAUCACUGUUCUCUUUACGUCCAUACCACCGAUAACGGUUGCAAUUCAGUCACUAGUACAACUAUGA